AUUUGCUUUUACAAAAAAAUAGUAAGUACUUAAGUUAAUUCGGUACAAAAUAUUCGUAUCUUGGCAGAACAUAUGAUAGUUUUCAAGUGUAGGUAGCUAUAGGUACCAUACUCUUAUAUAUUUCUUAGUACCUAACUACAGCCUCUGUUGAAUGUCUUAAGUUCUCUGCAUUUCUUAGUAAUCCACCCGAAAAGUCAGUAACUUGAUUUCAAAUUGUAAGUUGUAUGAAAAUUAUCGUUACUACGUUGUCCCUCGGAAGAAUACCGCGCGAAAAACGUGGCAGACUACAAAUCAAUCGUAUGUACCCAUCAGCUGGCUAGUAAUGGAGGUUGGUACGUAUACGUACGCAGGAUAGGUACGGCACUCAGGCUGGCGGCGGCACAGGCUUAUCACUCGCCCGUAGCGGUCCACUGCGCGCGGCGCCACAUCGAUUUUUUCACAAAACAAUCCAUUUGGAACCCUCGGUUUGCACCAUAAACACGUUUUGAACGACAAAAUAAGUGUCCAACGCGCUCACAGCGGUACCGUGGUGAAAUGUGAAAUAUUUCCCGGGUAAAUUAUGCGCCACUCCCCGCCUACACAAGAGGAUAAUGGCCGCCCAAAAUAAAGUCGAUAACGAGUCAUCAGAGGAGAUGCCGGCGGACACGGCGAAUGAUCCGAGCGCCGAACAAAAGGAGCGGCUUAUUGCCGCUGUGAAAAAAGAAGUCAAGCAGUUAAUGGAAGAGGCGGUUACUAGAAAGUUCGUUCACGAAGAAAGCGGUGGUGUGACUGCCUUGUGCGGCGCUGUUGAAGCAUGCCUCGGGCAAGGGCUGCGACGGCGCGCGCUUGGAUUGUUUAAAACUAGCUCCACGACUGCGUUGUUGCACAAGAUUGCGAAGCACUGUCCCGAAGCAGCGUUGGUAUCUGCGCGGGUAUUGGCAGCAGAAGGCGCACCAGCUACACGGUCAGCUUCAGGAGUAGAGAGAAGACCCUCGAUGCCUCGACCGCCUCUUUGCAAGAGAGGCUCUGGGUCGUUGCUCUCGCAAGCACCUCCACAAUCUAGAUACCUCUGGAUUCGUAUAGCAUUAUUCGAGCGUCAAUUAGCCAAGAUCAUUGAGCACCUCGUGACAAACGCGACUCGGUACUACGAAAGGGAUGCACUAGUCGCUGAUCCCGACUACGGAAGCAUUCUCAGCUCUCUGCUAGUCGGACCAUGCGCUUUAGAAUACUCAAAAGCGAAAGCGCCCGCUUGCUUCUGGUCUGAUCCACCUGCUGACGAAUUGGUGCAAAGACAUCGUAUGUCCGCCGGAACGACCACACCACCGUCAGUUCGAAGGCCGAUCCUCAAUUUCAAAAGGAGUUUGAACGCAUCUUCAGAUGACAGCAGCUCUGCCAGUACAGUUACUGGCAAAACGGGAACUUCAAGUGCCAAAGAUUACGUUGAAAGCUUGCACCAGAACUCUACCGCGACUCUACUGUACGGAAAGAAUAAUGUUAAAGUGCAACCGAAAGAUGUGGAGGAACCAAUGCCGGGUUACUUGAGUCUUCAUCAGACAGCAGCUGGAUUAGUUAUAAAAUGGACGCCCAAUCAACUCAUGAACGGGUACGCGGAGAGCGAAAGCAUUGACAAAAGCUUGCUCCGCUGUCACCUAGUGCAUGCGUCCGCGUGCCCAAACAAGUGUGUUCUGUGCAGCGUCGCCCCGUGCACUGUGUACAGGCAACGGUGCUCCGGACCCUUGUGCAUCGAUUGUGUGUACUGGGCGAUGUCGCUGCAAGUGUGCGUGUGGGAAGUGGUGUACGUGCACGUGCAUCGGUCGCAGGCGAGCGACGCGCUCAUACUGGUCGGCCAAGACGGCGUGCAGCGGCCGCCCAUACACUUCCCUAAGGGCGGUCAUUUAUUAUCGUUUCUGAGUAAUUUGGAGACGGGUCUCCUUCCGCACGGACAGCUCGACCCGCCGCUUUGGUCACAACGGGGAACUGGCAAGGUAUUCGGUCGAAGUAAAGGCAGAAGACGCCCGAUGCCUAGUCUGUGCGAAACAAGUGAAACGGAGGAGGUUGAGUGGGACGAAGCGGCCGGGGACUACGUGUUCCGCAUAGUCAACAACGCUAUAGCAGAUAGAGAAGCGAUGCGUCACUCACUACUGGAGCGUGCGGUACAGUCCCCCCCGCGCACCCCGCGCCGCCCGCUCGCCUCCACCUCCACCACUUCAUCUGACUCCUCCACCAUGUCGGUGGACUGUCCCCCGUCGGCGGGGAUCAAUGGGAUGCCACCCCCCACGCCGGUGCAGCACCAGCCGGUCGAACAGUCGGCAUCAAUCGAGCUGGUGUGCAGCACGAUGCGGCGUCAGAUCAUAUCGCGCGCGUUCUACGGCUGGCUCGCGUACUGCCGACACCUGUCCACCGUGCGGACGCAUCUCAGCGGACUCGUGCAUCCCAAUAUCGUGUCUGGAGAGGGCGCGGAGUGCGGGCUGACGGAGGCGGUGUGGCGCGCGCUGACGGACGCGCGCGGCGCCGUGGCGGACCGCGCCGAGGUGUACCGCCGCGUGUACUACGGCGGCGUGCACCACCACAUCCGCCGCGAGGUGUGGCCCUACCUGCUCAACUACUACCAGUUCGGUUCGACGGCAGAGGAACGCGCGGAGCAGGACGCGGCGUGCCGGCGGCAGUACGAGACGACGAUGUCGGAGUGGCUGUGCGUGGAGGCCAUCGUGCGCCAGCGCGACCGCGAGGCCACCGCCGCCUCCAUCGCCCGGCUCACCGAGCAGGCCGGCAAGCUGCAGCCCACGGACUCCACCGAUGCGGGAGAGGUAUUCGAAGACGACUGCAGCGUCAUAUCAGACAAUCCGCCGAUCGUAUCGCCAGAACCGAGUGAUACCGAACAAAAGAAAGUCGACACUAAACCGGUGUUGUCACGAGCGCCGAGCAUAGACGAAAUAGACAAUAUAGAGAUGGAUGCAGACGAGAAAGAUAACAUGAAAGUUAACGGAGAGACUGACAGCGGUGAUACUAGAGUAGAUAGCGAUACUGAAGUACAUAUAAAGAGUAUUGUAGACAACCCAGAUAUGAGAAGAGAGAGCAUAGCUGAAAUCAAGAGGCUUGCUGAAGGCAUAGUUCAGAAGGGCGAUGGAAGAGGAUUACUAUGCAGUGUUGAUAGUGCGAAUGUGAACCUUAAUGGAAACGAUGCAAGAUCUUCCUUGGAUGAAAGCCAACCGCAGCAACAACAUACGAGUGUGAUCAUUACGAAUCCGUCUGUGGAUUUGGCAGCUGGAUCACCAGCGUCUGGCGGAACUACGGCCACAGUGAGUCCCUCGCGCAGUCCGCUGGGAGUGGUUCGCGAGGAGUCGCAGUCGGCGGGCGCGUCGUUUGACACUCUGGAGCCCACCAACGACCAGAGGCCGGAGACGCGCUCUAACUGCGUCUCCCCCGCCAGUUCUAAUGGGGGAGUUUAUUCUAAUGAAUUGGUGGAGAGCUUUGCACUGAACCUACAUCGAAUAGAGAAAGACGUGCAGAGGUGUGAUAGGAAUUAUCCAUUCUUCACGGACGAAAAUCUUGAUAAAUUAAGAAACAUCAUGUGCACUUACGUGUGGGAGCACCUGGAGGCGGGCUACAUGCAGGGCAUGUGCGACCUGGCGGCGCCGCUGCUGGUGACGAUGCGCGACGAGGCGGCCGCGCACGCGCUGUUCGCGCGCCUCAUGCGCCGCGCCAUGGACAACUUCCCCUCCGGACAGGCCAUGGACGCGCACUUCGCAGACAUGAGAUCCUUAAUCCAAAUCCUGGACUGCGAGCUGUACGAGUUGAUGCACGCGCAUGGCGACUACACGCACUUCUACUUCUGCUACCGCUGGUUCCUGCUGGACUUCAAACGGGAACUACUCUACCAGGACGUAUUCGCGGCGUGGGAGUUGAUCUGGGCGGCGCGGCACGUCGCCUCCGAGCAUAUGGUGCUGUUCAUAGCCCUCGCGCUAUUGGAGACGUAUCGUGACGUCAUAUUGGCCAACACCAUGGACUUCACGGACAUCAUCAAGUUUUUCAACGAGAUGGCUGAACGUCACGACGCUUCCGCCGUUCUAUCUCUUGCAAGAGAUCUUGUUUUACAAGUUCAGACCUUGAUCGAAAACAAAUAGAGUUUAAAAAUUAUCGAUUCUACGCGAAUCAUUGAUGUAUUAGAUGAUGAAAUGUUUAUUAAUGAAGAUUUGCAAAAGUGAAGUUAGUGUUAUGGUGUUACGUACUAAUAUUGUUCGUCUGACAAACUUUUGCUAGAUAAUAAUUCUUUCAUAUGCCAUAUUUGUAAGGAAAAUUUAUAAUUAAUAUGGAAAAACAUAUAUAUUUAAAUCUACCUAUUUAGUGAAAAAUAAAAAAAAACGUCAUAACAUUUAACUUCACUACUGUAUAUCUAGAAGAUUUCUAUAAAGUAAAUAAAUAAUAUUAUGUAGAUGAACUGAAAAUUUAUAAUUGAAAUGAUUUUAAUAAUAUCUUGUAAAGAAAUUACUUAUUACAUUUCGCUUUCAUGUUAGUAUACUAGACGGAAGGCGGGGCAUAUUAGUGACAUUCUGUCCGCCACCAAUUAAACAUGCGUUGAGUCAAUAGAACUUGGCCCUUAUUCUAUAUGAUAGUGCAAACGCGUAACGCGGCCGUUAUCUUUGAGAAAUGUGCGUGGAAUGGUAUACUGUAAGCCAAAUUUCUAUAGUCCUAAACAUGAUGUGUUGUGUUACGUGUUUGUUACGCACUGUUAAAAUAACGUGCGGGAUACAGAAUAAGGCCCCUUAUUUAUCUCUUAUGACUUACGUAUUGCGCAGAAAUUGUUAUUUUACAUAAUAUAACAUACUGCUGUCAUACGAGAAAUAGACACUUCUACAUAAUAUUCUGUAUGAAGACAAAAAUGUUUUUACAUAAGGUCAUGGAGUCCUAUUCCGUCUACGGAGGUCAUUUGUUCUUGAUAAAAUACUGAAUUAUCGUAUAAAAUAUGAGUUGGUUUUUAGUUAGGAAUGUAAUGUCAGGAUAUUACGUGGCGAGUAAAACAACUGAAUACUAAAUGAACACUAAUAUAUUUAAAGAAUACAUGUCAUUUUAUAGGUCGUUUACAUAAGGUAUAAUAUAAUAUAAUAAUAUGUGCCCACUACAGGACUUCCACAAGUUGAAUCAUGAAAGACAAUGCGAACAGUUUUUUUAAGAAGCCAAAUUAUGCAGUAACAGUAAUUUACAUUAGAAUGAAGGUUGCGUACAUAUUUCUUGAGGUCUUUUUACAAUUACGGGCCUUAUUUAAGGACAGCUUUGAUAGUCGUAUAAGUUUCAAGUCUUACCGAUGUGGCCAUGUUGACUUAUGUUUAGAAUGUCCAUAAUUGCGAAAGGACGGAUAGGCCUUAAUAGACGGAAUAAAGCCCCGCGACCUAACGUCAUUUGUAACAGACGAAUAUGCAUUUAACUCAAUAAAAAAAUCUAUUUUCAUUAUGACGGCAGCAUAUUUUACGUUUACUAGAUACUUUUAUAUGUUUGGUUUAUUUUUGUGAAUUACUGGUAUUUAUUACGCUAAUUAUCGCCAAUGUGCCGCCAGCUGAUACCAAAUCUUACCUCGUUUUAUUAAGAUUGUUUAUAAAUUUCCAAUGAGAUUUAUAAGUUAUCUGAUGUUCCGCGAAUUGGUUAAGUAUAAUAUCGAAGUUGAAAAGUCCCAUUAUAACGAGUUCCAUGAAGCGAUAUUCUUUCUUGGAAGUCUUUAUAGCGGGACCGAUGACACUUACAUCAUGAUGAUGUAAGUACAUGCCUAAUAUGAGAUAUAUCUUACAUAUUGCGUAUUUUUUUUAUGAAUUAAAUGGUACAUUGUCGGAUCUAAAAUAUAAAAAUUAUUUAUAAUUGUUGUGGCGUAUUUGCAUUGUGUGCGCGGUAUUUCGCUCCGAGGUUCCGGUUUUAAAUCCCAGGUAAGGCAAUGUAAUAUUGGGUUUUUCUGCUCACUAUCAACCCGGAGUCUGGAAUUUGUGGCGACAGGCUCGCCUCCAAUCACAUCGUGGGACGGAACACAAUUGGCGAAAGUGAGUAAGUACUAAGUACCCUGGCUGCACCUCUGCCUACCCCAUCGAGGUUAAAACGGUGAUGUAUAUUUCGUUGUUUUGUUUAUUUAUACCUAAUAAACGAUAAUAUUCUGCUACUCUUAAUAAGUUUCAGUGUAAGUAAAAAGCUAUGCUUGUAAUAUGUGGUGUUAGUUGUAAUGUUUUAAAAAUAUAUUCGUUUUUCGUAUUCAGCGUAAAAAUUAGUAGUAAAAUAAAAAUUAAUGUAAUGUAUAUAAUAAAGAUAUUAUACGAUUAAAUAUAUAUUUCAUAUUUAUAGUUAUCAUCAUGACAAUUUAUUUAUGUAUUUUUCUGCAAUUAUUUACAUUAUUGAAUACAACACAAUUAAUAUACAUUUUAAUACAGUUUUAUAUAUUAUAUACAUACAUAUAAAAGCAGGUGUCGUAAUCGGAAGUCAAACUAAUAUGCUGUGAUCAAGAUUUAUAUAUUUAUUUAUCCUAUCGUAAUAUUUAUAUUUGAUAUAGUCAUUGUAAAAUAUUAUUAAUACGUUACCUGUCAAACUGUUGAUAAUAAUCAAACGCUGGUAUGUUCAAUAAACACAAUAUCAUGAAACAUUAGGUGCAGUGAAGUCAUUACUGUGCUACAUUAAUUAAAAAAAAAUUAUGUAUUUUGAACUGAGUCCUAACAUUUUGUUUAUUUCUGCCGUCAAGCAGCAGUGUGUAGUCACUGUUGUGUUUCGGUUUGAAGGAUAUUGUAUCCAGUGUUAUUACUAGACAUAAUAAGACUUAACAUCUCAUGUCUCAUGAUGGCAAGCGCAGUGGAAUACCAAUCAAUACUUUGUAAUUCAAAGUGUUGGAUGGGAUUUCUACUGUUUAUGGGCGGUCGUAUCGCUUACCAUCAGGCGAAAGGCAAACUCGUCUCGUCGUUCAAAGAUAUAAAAAAAUUAAAAAAAGACGAACCCUUGACCGAUUACCGAAACAUCUUAAUUUCCAAGGUAACUAGAUAACUUUCUUAGUCAUAUAUAGUACCUAAGUUAGUUUGGUCAUAUAAACAGGACUCGGGGCUUUGAUUUUCACAUGGUUCGUUCACACCUAAAAGCGCAUUAAGAGUGCGUUCACAUUACAGCUGUGGAUUGAUGUUUGGCAAGGUUGAAUUCUUUUUCAUCAUUUUGAGCUGUGGUAAGAGAGGAUGGGAAUAUGAUAAAAGACGAUUGGUCGAUCUUUUAGUAUACCGCUUAGCUCCCUUUACAUCUCCGGUGGUACCACAAAGGUGUGUUAAAAAUGCAGUGAAAAUUUGAGGCUAAAUUAACGCCGCAAUCAAUUUGUGAUAGAAGACGAGUAUUAUAAUCGUAACUUUGUUUUCAGCAUACCGCGUAUUCUUUCCUCUUUGAAUUGAGAUUAAAGAAAUUUAAUUGAAUUUCUCUCGCUUUCGAAUUUAGCUACGAAUAUGCACCGUAAUGAAAUGUAGGAAAUAUUUAUUUUAUUUUUAUUUAUUUAUACAUAUAUUAUAACACUAUAACAGUUGAAACUAAUGCGAUGUUAUACAGAUUUAAUUUUAACAAUUUAUUUCAAUAAAUUUAUGAGCCAUUUCAGUGAAUUCUGACAGGUUACAUAUAAAUAUAUCCAAGUUCUGAGAUAUAGUGUUAAGCAAUCGUAUGGCCCAUGAGAAGAGCGUAAACCUUAGAAUAUUUGUUCUUGGUGUUUGAAGGCGGAACAGUGGUAGGUGGCGCCGAGUGCUGACGCGGCCGCUCGGCACGCCUGUAGUGUAUAGUAGUGUUAUAUAAUAAAUAUCAGAUAAAACGAUAAUUACUGAGGCCGGAUUGUUUAAUCCGUGGUUAGGUAAAGUUAAAUUUUUUAUAACACUAACGAGUUGCAAGCGAAUUAAAAGCCAAGCGCCCUGGAACAGUGUAAAAACACUGUUAACUUUGCUUAACCACGGAUAAAACACGGGCUAAGUAAUUAAAACUUACCUACGUAAAUCUUUGUGUAUGUUAGUGAAGCUGAUUGUAGUUGGUAAUACUAGGUUUUGAUUGUUAUCAACACACCAUUUUUGUACCUGCUUAUACGUAUCAUCGUGUGUCCGUCUUGUCGGUGCAUUUAUCUGAAUAUUAUCAAUCAUUAUCGUUUCCCACAACUCAUAUCGACAUGGAAACAUUCUUCCCCCUGUGCCUUGUUCAUUAUCUCAUGAAAAUAUCAACAAUUAAUGUUAAUUUAUUUUCCUGAGUCUUUAUCGAAUGCGUUACUUUUUAAUGCAAUUUUCUACAUUUAAGAUCUAAUAAGUACUAAAGUAACAAUAAUAGUUGAAUUCUUUAUCCGAACAAAAUCUGAUUAGAAAAAAUCUCCAGAAAAACACUCUUUAAUUAUUUUAUAAUGUCUAGCUUUGCAUUUAAUACACUACUUCUUACUUUAAUAAUAAUUGAAAAUUAAUUCGAUGCAGUAAAUAUCCUCAAAUUAAACUUUAUAGCUCGGCUUUUGGCUCAUAAUCGUUACAUUUGUUCAUUAUCAUGCUUCGUUUGUAUUUUUGGUAUUAUUAUUAGAAUAUGAUUAUGUAUGUAUCUUCACGUAUAUUGUAAUAAUUAUAUAAAGCCAUUUAUAUUAUAUUUUAUAAUGUUAUUCUAAUUUGUCUUCGCCAUAUAUAUUUUUCAGGCAAUUGUGUGGUAAAAACAGAAUUUAUUGUAUAUUUUUCGUACCUCUAUAUAUGUUUAUGUGUAUUAAUCUCAUUAAUACGAGGUGAAUUUAUUUUCUGUUUAUUUGUAACAUUUUAUUAAACUAGAAGUAAUUUUUGUUAUAAUACUUUUUGAUUAGUAUAAAUAUCUUAGUUGUAGUGGUAUAGAUACUUAAAUAAUUGUUUUAUUAUUGUGUAAUAUCCGUUUCUAUACCCUAUAGUAAUAUUCUUAUCAACCGUGUUUUAUAUUAUUACGUAUUAUUUAAACAUUAUUGCUAAAAUGUCUAAUUUGAAUCGAAUGCGCGUAGUACGAACCGUUGUGAACAGAUCUUACUGUGGCCAAAGAGUAAUAAGACUAUAAAGAGCGGACAAUGGAAUGAUUGCCUUACAAAAAUCUUGCGCUCAUGCGAUGGUUUCUCAAUCAACCGUGAAAUAGUAAAAUACAAUAUAAAACACUUAAUAUUUUUUUCACAUCAAAAUUUGCUCAUUCUUAAUGCACAUGUUUAGUUAAUUUUAUAAUAAUAUCUAAGGACGCUGUGAUAUCUUGUCACACGGACAUUUCAAACAGCAAAAAUUUAGCCCUGAUGUCCAGUCUAUAAUAUAUAUAUAGACUUUGACUGUGGCAGUAAAUAAUUUGAACCAUUGGUACAAAAUAUAUUCAUAAUUCAUUUGCACUAAUUUUAAAAUAUGAAGUCAUGUAUUACAAAUAAAGUUGCGUACUUAAUAAUUAUUAUGUAUAAAAUUAUUGUGUACUGUGUAUUAUUUUUGGAAUCUAUCAUGUUAUAACGAGGUUACUUCGUAGCAAAAUAUCAUUUUUUCUGUAUUUUGAAUAGAUUGAAUAAAAAUAUAUUUAUUAAAUUAAAAUUGAAUAACACGAUUAUAUGAAGUUCAUUUUUGAGGUGUUAUUAAAAUAUUUUUAUUUAUUUUUCUAUUGGUAUUAAUAGAGAUAAUUUGUGUCAUGAAAUUUUAAUUAUUAAAAUCUAUUAUAAAGUAUUUAUUUAUUAACAGCAGAUUACUUGUUGUUCUAAUAUAUGUGUUUAGAAAGAGAACCAUCGUGGGAUUUGAGGUCGCUGCUGUGCUUUAUUACCUCUUUUGUGUAAUUAUAGUAUGUUACUAAACAAAAAUCCAUAAAAACAACACGCAAGAUCAUUUAUAACAAAGCAAUACGACAUGAUAAAUAAAUUUAAAAUUUACCAAAUGGCGGGGAAGGGUUGCCAUUGAAAAAAUCCAAAGUUAGGUCACUUUUCGGCCACGACGCGACGGUUCUCUUUCUGAACAGACUAUACCAAGUUAUAUGUAGGUAUAUUGUGUAAUGUGUUAAGGCUUUAUGUUACUAUUGAUGUUUGAAUACAUAUUAUUAUGAAUAAUUGUGAUUAUUAUACGCUUAAUGUAUUUUUAAACAGUGGCGGGCCUAAGUGGGAAUUUAGCCAAGCUUUAUUUAAUCAAUGAAUAAAAAUGGUAUAUUUUGUUUUUGUAAAUAAAUGUUGAUGUAUUUUGCUAUCCUUAAUUGAUCAAUAGCUGCGUAAUAUUUGAACAGUAAAUUCAUUUUUUCUAAUUGAUAAAUAACGAAAGAAUUUUGUAUGGAUUGUAUUAGCUCGUCUAUAGGCUACGUUUGGUUUCUUCGAGAGUUAUAUUUACAAAGAAUAAGGAUGCAAUUACAUACAAAAUAUGAAAAACCUUUACGAAAAUUCCUAUCGCUUUAAGCCUUAGCGCGCACGUGCGUUACAAUGUUCCGCGCGGGUAAUAUGACGUUGAUGACGACAACGACGUAUGUGAAUGCCUCACGGAUUUUCGCGUGCACUUUUGCGGGUGGAUCCAGCGGCUAAUUUGUCGCAAGUGCGCGCUUUGUCUUUGUUAAAUAUCAAUACAAUACUAUGUAUUUAUAAAAAGUCAUUUGUCCAUAUCUUUACCUACUAAUAAUGUAUUUAUUACAAAACUAAAUUAAUGAUUAUAUAAUUUUACGUAGGUAACAGAUUUAUUUACAAAUAUUUAGUUUCCAUUCUGAUAAAAUUAAAAUAUCAAAGGGGAUAAUUGUAUAGUCUCGUGGAAAAAUAUUUAUUAUCAUCUUCCAGACUAACGUUAAAUGUACCUAAUUAUAAUCAUAUAUCUCAUGUUCACACGUCUCUGAUAGUUACUGGUAAAGUACUAAAGAUUUUGUAACUAGAAGCUCAAUUUUAUAAAGUUUUAUCUGUCUAUUAUUAUUUUUUUGUCAAAUCAUGGAUAUUGUCGUCAUCGGUAAGACACUCUGGUCUAUAACCAAAUAUUCUAAAACCAUAAAUAUAUAUUGAAGACCGUAAUGUGGAUGGAAUAGAAUGUAUUUACUAUACAAAAUUAGAUAAGUACUAUUAUUAUAGUGAACAAUUAUUUUUGUGAAAAUCAUCUUGUCAUUAAAAUAUGUUUCCAUUGA